UAUAAUUAAACGAAAAAUACAGGGACCAAUCAUGAUAUCUCAGCACCAACUUGCUGCCUCUCAGAAACGCUCACGAGAAUUCUGUGUGAAACAAAUUUAAAGCUUAUUGUUUACUCUUUUCUCCUCCAAAUUUCUAGGGUUUCUCUCGAAGAAUUUUCUGAUUUGGGAAGAUUGUGAUUCGUUUGGGAAAAGUUGGAUUUGGAACAAACAUCAAAAAUUUAUAUUAUUCCAAUUGGUUUAUAGGUGAUUUCAGAGGGAGCAAGAGGAGGUAAAGGAAGGAUGGGUUACAUAGGGGCUCAUGGAGUGCAAGCCCUUCAUAGGUACAAAUACAGUGGGGUGGAUCACUCCUAUGUUGCGAAGUAUGUGUUGCAACCCUUUUGGAGUCGCUGCGUCAAUUUCUUCCCCCUUUGGAUGCCACCGAAUAUGAUUACGCUUACAGGAUUUUUGUUCUUGGUCACAUCUGCGUUGCUCGGAUAUAUUUAUUCUCCACUGUUGGAUUCACCUCCUCCAAGAUGGGUUAAUUUUGCGCAUGGAUUGCUUCUCUUUCUGUAUCAGGUUUGCCUGUCUUAGCCACCAUCCUGAUCUUCUCAAUUUGUUCUUGUAGCAUAAUGUUUUGA